UUCUCGUUCAUUCACUCCACUUGAAGCAUGACGAGCUCUAGAAACUCUCCUUUUUUUCCUCCUCAUUGUUUCAUGGUGAGAUGAGAUGGUUCCAUGACCAUGAAUUUAUUGAGUCUGGACCUUCUCUGCAUCACAGCUUUAGUUCUUGCAUCCGUCUAUCUUAUUCUCCCAGCUUCUUCUCUUGAUCAAUGGCCUGCCCCAGCCCCUCAGGUCUCGUUAUCGGAUGAAAAGACGCGUUUGGGCUCGACCCCACCAAGCUGCCAUAGCCGUUGCAACGAUUGUAACCCAUGCAUGGCGGUGCAGGUGCCGACUAUACCAGCUCACAGCCGCGGUGGGCCCGGCUUGGGCAAUGCAUUUCCUUUGGAUAUGUCAUCGUCGUCGUUGAUUAGCAACAAGUACUCUAAUUACAAACCAUUGGGGUGGAAGUGCCGGUGUGGGGACCGCCUUUUCAAUCCCUAGAAGGGUUCUAUAUUUGAUCGGAAUCGUCCAUCGUUAGAAGAGAUUGAGAUUGAGAUGGGUUUUGAAGGUUAGCAUCUGACAGUGGCCACGGAUUGGAAACAUCAGUUGGGUGGAAGUUAGGGCUUGGGGGCCGCCUUUUCAAUCCUUGGAAGGGUUCUGCAUGAGAUCGGCACCGUCCAUCUGCUAAAGGAGGCUGAGAUUGAGGUGGAUUUGGAUGGCUAGCAUCUGAACGUUGCCACAGAUUAGUAACAUAAAUUGGGUGGAAGAGCUGUUGUGGGGACCGCAUUCUCAGUCCUCAGAAGGUUCUUCAUACGAUCGACAUUGUUCAUCGUCUAAAGGAGGUUGAGAUUGAGAUUGGUUUUGGUGGUUAGCAUUGAUAGUGGCCACAGAUUGGUGAAAUGAGUUGGGUGGCAGUGCUGUUGCGGGUACCGCCUUUUCAAUCCGUAGAAGCGUUCUCCAUGUGAUCCGAACCGUCCAUCGGUUAAAUGAGAUUGACAAUGAGAUGGGCUUUGAUGGUUAGGAUCUGAGAGUGCCCGCGGAGAGGGGAACACGAGUUGGGGUGGGGACCACCUUUUCAAUCCUUAGAAGGUUUCUCCAUGCAAUCGGCACCGUCCGUCUGUUAAAAGAGGCAGAGAUUGAGCUGGGUUUGUAGGUUAGCAUCUGAUAAGUAACAUGGAUUGUUUCUAUUAUGGGCUUGCAACACCAUUAACAGCCUCUUGUUUUGCUUUCUUUUGUUUGCUUUUUCUCUGAUAGGAUUACGUAGAGAAACGACAGCGUACGUUUGCUGCGGUAUUUACUCCACUUGAAUUUUAUACUGUAUAGAAGCUGUCAAAGGCCUGUUAGUCUCAUUUAUUUACUGAAAUGGGAUUCUUCUAUUUUACGUUA